ACUGUUAAAUGUCAAAACAGCCAACUUCUGACAGUAUAGUAUGUAUUGCAACAAUAUUACGAUUUCACUACGCAAAUAAAUAAAUACAGAAAUGUUGUGAUGAAUACAGUGUAGUUACAGUUUUGUGCAAACAUUUUUCGUCUGCCCCACUUUAAACGACUAUUGGUUAUUCUAUAUAAUUUCUUGAAACCAGAAACUUUCAGAAUCAAAAAUAAAGAUGAGCAAUGAAAAUUUCAAUCCGUGUGAAAUUUUCUGGGAUCAGGUGAAUCAUGAGUUAUCCAUGAGAAGACUUCUCAACGUGUUGAGAAAUAGUCAGUCAUAUUGUACUGACAAUGAAUGUUUGGAUGAGGGUUCUAAUUCAAACGCCACUAACCCGGACCAAUUUCUACUGAUAGGACUAGCAUUUUUUGCCGCUUUAUUUCUCUACUAUUUUCGUCCAAGACCUCAGGCAGCUCUUGGAAAUUCCAAACCAAACAACAAUGGCAAUGAUUCCAAUGGAUCUCCACCCAGUUCAUCAGCACAUUAACCGAAAUCUUGUGAAUUAUAGAAGAAAAUUUCUUUAAAAUUUAUACAAGGGGCAUAGUUUCUGAUCACAUUUGUUAAAUUUUGUUUUAUCUUUUUAAAUUUUAUUUAUUCAGAAAUUAUAUUUAAAAAAUAUCUGUUGAGGUUUAGAAAUUUUUCAUUUUUACCCCCUAAUAAGCUUUUGCACUACAUUGCGAUGAUAAUUCCAAUCGCAUAUUUUAUUAAACACGAAAUUUUAUAUUGGCAUUUAAUAUUUUAACAUAUUCUAUUAUUAUCUAUCUGUAAAUACAUGGUGGCGCAAAAAGAUCGCGUAUAUUUUAAGUGCUACAAGUUUAUUAUUAUCAAUACAAACCAAUCAGCAAAUAAUAUAAUUGAGGCUCUACUAUUUGUUGAGUUAAUACACAUUAAAACUCCCUCUUCCCAGCUCUCCAUAACUUUUGUUAAAAUGUCCUGUAGUUUAGAAAUAAUUUCUUCACAAAUCUUCUACUCGACGAGGUUCACGAUAAUAAAUUUUAAAUUUCAAAUACCGGUCGAUGAAGAUCGCGAAAACAUGAAAUAACAUGAUCCAGAAACAUUCCUUUUAUAACCAUAUUUCUGUCACGUUAAUCUAGACGCUCUAUCUGACAUAAUGAGUCGCUUAGCGGUCACUUCUCUGCACUAAUACUAUACUAAUAAAAUCUAUGCGUUCUUUUUUUCGCCACCUUGUAUAUAGUAUACUUUUACAGGUGUACAUAUAUUAUGAGAAUCUUUUAAAAAAUAUAUUUUAAUACUUGCCUGCCAUUUUAUUUUACU